AUGGCUCCUUUUCUUCUUCCUAAUUCAUCACCAUUGCUUUCACCCAAAAAAGAAACGAAAUCUAGACAAAACCCUUUAAUCUUUGAUGCAUCUUUUCUUCAAAAUGAAACUAGCAUACCCCAACAAUUCGUGUGGCCCGAGGAAGAAAAGCCCCGCCACGGACCACCACCGCCGCAACUUCAUGUUCCUCCCAUUGACCUAAAGGGCUUCCUCACCGGUGAACCACUUGCAGUGUCCAAUGCAGCUCAGUUAGUUGAUUCCGCUUGUCGAAAACAUGGGUUCUUUCAAGUUGUUAACCAUGGGAUCGAUUCGAAUUUGAUAUAUGAAGCUCACCAGAUCAUGGAUCUUUUCUUUGGAAUGCCACUUUUAGAGAAGCAAAAGGCUCAAAGAAAAGUUGGUGAGUAUUGUGGAUAUGCUAGUAGCUUCACUAAUAGAUUCUCCUCCAAGCUUCCAUGGAAAGAAACACUUUCUUUUCGGUAUUCUGCGGAUCCACAAUGCUCAAACUUGGUUCAAGAUUAUUUCUUGAAUGUGAUGGGUCAAGAUUUUAGCCAUUUCGGGAGGGUUUGUCAAGAAUAUUGUGAAGCCAUGAACAAACUUUCUCUUGGUAUCAUGGAGCUACUAGGAAUGAGCCUUGGGAUCGGUCAAUCCUACUUUAGGGAUUUCUACAACGAAAAUGAUUCGAUAAUGAGAUUAAACUACUACCCACCUUGCCAAAAACCCGAGCAAACACUUGGAACUGGUCCUCAUUGUGAUCCAACAUCUCUAACCAUUCUUCAUCAAGAUAAUGUCGGUGGACUCGAAGUUUUCGUGGACAAAAAAUGGCAGUCGAUCGCUCCAUGUUCGAAAGCUUUUGUUGUCAAUAUUGGAGACACAUUCAUGGCAUUAUCCAAUGGAUUAUACAAGAGUUGCUUACAUAGAGCGGUCGUGAACAAUCAUACGCCAAGGAAGUCUCUCGCGUUCUUUCUGUCUCCUAGAAUGGACAAAAUCAUAUGCCCGCCUAAAGCGUUGGUCGAGGAUGUCGAUAACGAGAGAAUAUAUCCAGAUUUUACAUGGUCUACUUUCCUCGAGUUCACUCAGAAACAUUACAGAGCAGACAUGAAUACCCUUGAAGCCUUCUCAAAAUGGCUUCAGAAUGAAAGAAAGUGA